AUGGCAACUCUGAAAUCGGCCGUGGCUUCUGUAUUGGUUAAUAGUUCCCCAACUAUGGAAUUCAAGUGUACGCGCGGUCUCCGUCAAGGAGAUUCACUGUCUCCUUUUCUAUUUGUUAUAAUUAUGGAAGCUCUCACGGGUAUCAUGAAACGGGCUGUUUCGUUUGGUUUAUUCAAAGGCCUCCGGUGUACUUUGGAUGAUUCACUUCUAUCACACUUGUUAUAUGCAGAUGACGUCAUGUUUAUCGGGGAAUGGUCUACGGCUAAUGCUAUAAAUCUGUGUAGGAUUCUAAAAUGUUUUUAUUUAACAUCUGGGUUAAACGUGAAUCUAUCGAAAUGUAGCGUAUAUGGUGUGGGGGUGAAUGAACUUGACCUUCAAAACAUGGCUGCCACAUUUAAUUGUAAACAAGGUUCAUUUCCGUUUAAGCACCUUGGUUUGUUUGUUUGGGCGAAUAUGAACCUCAUUAAAAAUUGGGAACCAGUGAUCAAUAUUUUCAGAAAUAGAUUAUCAAUUUGGAAGGCGAAGAAUUUGUCUUAUGGGGGUCGGAUUACAUUACUCAAGUCAGUAUUAAACUCGCUUCCUACGUACUACUUCACCUUAUUCAAAGCUCCGGUUCAAGUUAUUGAGUGUCUAGAAAGGUUUAGAAGGGUUUUCUUUUGGGGUGGGUCGGAAGAAAAGGCAAAAAUGAAUUGGGUCGCUUGGGAAAAAAAGGAUUGCUCCAGUUAA